UGUGUGUUGUGUGUGUGUUGUGUGUGUGUUUCUCCACCCUUUAAACUUCUUUUUUAUUUUAUUUUUUCUUUUCUUUUCUUUUUUUUUUUUACACUUAUUCUUUCGUCAUAUCGGGGAAACGCCGCGGUUCCCCCCUAAUAAACACUGAUGAUGCAUGCGGCGCAGAAGGACACGACGUACACCAAGAUCUUCGUGGGGGGUCUGCCGUACCACACCACGGACUCCAGCCUCAGGAAGUACUUCGAGGUGUUCGGGGACAUCGAGGAGGCGGUUGUCAUCACAGACCGACAGACGGGGAAAUCCAGAGGUUACGGAUUCGUGACCAUGGCAGACCGGGCAUCCGCUGACCGAGCUUGUAAGGACCCCAACCCCAUCAUCGAUGGCCGCAAAGCCAACGUCAACCUGGCCUACCUGGGGGCCAAGCCCAGGGUCAUGCAGCCAGGCUUUUCGUUUGGCGUCCCCCAGAUCCAUCCGGCCUUCAUCCAAAGACCAUUCGGGAUCCCAGCCCACUACGUUUACCCCCAGGCCUUCGUCCAGCCCAGCGUGGUGAUCCCUCACGUGCAGCCGUCUGCUGCCACCGCCACAGCCGCCGCCACCUCCCCGUACCUCGACUACACCGGGGCGGCCUAUGCCCAGUACUCCGCCGCCGCCGCCACCGCCGCCGCGGCCGCUGCCUAUGAGCAGUACCCGUACGCUGCGUCACCCGCCCCGGCGGGCUACAUGGCGACGACGGGGUAUGGCUAUGCUGUCCAGCAGCCACUAGCGGCGGCUGCCACCCCAGGGGUGGCGGCCGCCGCCGCCGCCUUCAGCCAGUACCAGCCCCAGCAGCUCCAGACGGACCGCAUGCAGUAAGGAACGGAGCGAAGACCUUUAAUGGAGGGGA